AUGACAAAAAUGGAACUUUUUGAGCAUGAGCAGGCGCGCAUCGAUAAAAUUGUAGCGAUAAUUCGCUCUCUUGACCGUAUUGGCGAUGGACUUCCCGAUCCUAUUGUUGUUGACAUUGAAACUGGCACCACAGUGCAACCUGAAGGACCUGCAUACUUUCCGCAUCAGAUUGAAAUAAAGAAUUCAUGUCAAUGGAAACGAGAAUGGCGUUCAUUGGAGAUGAAAGGACAACCUCCUUAUUCGAUCGACUACCCGUUUCUGUUCAAGGGAACAAGAGCACCUCAAACACGCAAGUUGUCGGGACAUGAAGGAGUAACUGAAGAAGAAUUUAAAAAUGCAAUAACGACUAAAAACUCAAAUGGAGAAUCCUUAUUCUAUGGUUUUGCGAUGGUUGAUUUGGAGUCGCCUCCGGAAGUUAUCGAAGCUCAUAAAGACGUUCCCCCUAUAUUUGCGAAACAAAUAAUCAAUCCAGAAGAUGUUCAAGGUUAUCUUAAUGAAGUUCUUACUGAAGAAAAUAAGAAAAAACUUUUUCCAUGCGAGGAAAACAUAUUCUGCUACAACGCCAAGAGAUAUAUGAUAACUUCGGACAUGCUUUCUUAUUACGACGCGAAAGGAAUUAAAUACAAAGUCCACUAUUUUGUUGAAUAUAAACGAGGCUGUCCAUUCAAAGACUUUGUGAACACGAUGGUAGCCGAUCGUGUUGAAGCAUGUAAAAACAAAGAUGAUGCACUUCAAAAUUGGAUCAAAUUUAUCCUCAAUUCCGCUGUUGGCUAUUUUGCAAUUAAUCGUUCAAAAUUUCUUAAAACUCGUAUUCUCUCUGCAAACAAUCUGUUUGAUGCAUUGCGCGAUCCGCGACUGAAGGAUUUAACAGGGUUGACUGCUGAAGGUGAGCGAUUCGAUCCCUUGCACGAAGCAGUUUUUUCGAAACGGAAAGUAGUCCACAAUAACUGUUUACAUGUCCAGAUUGCUGUUUAUCAGAAUAGUAAAUUACUGUUCUUUCGAUUUUUGGAUGUGCUUCGCGAAUAUAUGGUCGAUGGAAUGUGCACAAUGUGCUAUGCAGAUACCGACUCUUUUAUGCUUGCUUUGGGUGCCGAAACUCUUGAGAAAUGUGUGAAGCCCGAGAUGUUAGACCAAUGGAAAGAAGAAAUCGUUCCUGAGUGGUUUGUGAAAGAGGGGUGUCCUAAGUCUGCUAAGGAACCCGGUUUAUUAAAGCCAGAAGGACCGAAGAAUGGACUUUCAAAGGGGUGGAUGGUGUCAUUGUCCCCCAAAUGUUAUAUUCUCGCUGAUUCCGAUCCGUGCGAGUUGGAAGAAAAACUGGCUGACCCAAAUAACGCUCAUCGAGUCUACGAGAUUUUGGAAGAGUAUAAAGAUUCGGCAUAUUCGACGAAUAUCAAGAAACGCUCAGCUAAAGGAUGCCCACAAAAGAUUCACAUACAGUAA